UCAUGUGAUUUUAGUUGAUUAGUCAAAAUGGCUGCCGACUGAGUCACUCCCUCUUCUUCCCUCUCUUUCUCGCUGCCCAGGCCUGUAUUGAAAUCUAAAAUGGAAGUUGCCCGCCCCAAGAAAAAGACUAAAGCUAAGAAGAAGACCCGUAAAGUCACAGAAGAAAAAGCCAGUGAAAGAGGUUUGGAACAAGAUACUCCAGACACUAUUGAGACUAAUGAUUCAGAGUCCACUGGUACCCAUCAUGUUCUUCCUCCUUCCUCUCCCUCUCUCCUGUCGCCUCCUGAUCUGCCUACUCUACCAGUCAUUGAUAUAUUUGAUGAGUCAACCCCACCAGUAGUACAAGAACCAGCAAUACAAGAACCAGUAGUACAGGAGCCAGUAGUGGCUACUGCUACCACUAAUGAAGGUGAUGAUGAUCUGAUCCAGUUCGAUGUUGCACCGAAUCAAACUCAACAAAAUCUUGAGAAUUUGCCCGAGGAACAUUGCAAAGAUUCUGUUGAUGUUUUACCGGAUGCCAUUCAGUUAACUAAUGAAUUGACCAUUGAGACUGCUAGUGAUGGAGUAAGAGUUGAUAAUGUUCCAUUGCUAGUUGACAUCACACCUGAAGCACCUCCUCCUACUACCACCAGUGAUGUACUAAGCAAUGAAGGAGCUACCACAGUAGAAAACGAAUCUAAUAUUGAAGCUAAUACUGAAAUACAUGUAGAUACCGGGGCACAUGUACAUGUACAGAAUGUAAAUACUACUACUGUAGCUGUAGAAGAGGUAUUGGAAGAACCAGCUGUAUUUGCACCUCCUAGUGAAGAGACUGUAUUGCCUACUGCUCCCCCUACUCUGAUGUACCCUACACUGGAUAGCCUUAUAGCAGCUUCAUCAGUGACAGAGUCAGUGUUAAUUCCUUACUCUGAAGAAGAUCUCUCUCUUCUGUAUCCUAACCCACAGUUAGGAGCUAAUACAGAAUUUAUUGAUAACUUCAUCAAAGAAAGUCAACAGGAUAGCCAUCCUCUGUAUGAGCUAUUGAAACAAUACUUGAAAGCAAGACUGUCUUCAAAAGCGGCUGAAGGAAAGCUACAGAAUUUAAAAAAGGAUUAUUCAAAGAACAAUGAUAUGAUAUGGACCAUUACCGACAAGAGAAUCAGUUCUAAUGGAAGGUGUGCAGAUGGCAAGAGCAUUAGUCACAGUCACUCACAUAAGUUUGCUCAGCUUGAUGCUGAUGCUGUUUUUAGAACUGAAGAUAAUCUCAAAUCAAUAAAAACUGCUUUACAAGAGGAGUACACCAUGUUAUCCUACUCUGCACAAUUAGCUUACAUACACGUUGAGUUUUACAUUCACCAGUUAAUCAACUCUAUGCCAGAAUUAGCUGAUAUGCCACAGACAGCUCCUAUCACAGGUUAUAUCCCAUAUGUACCCCCUGGUUCAAUGGAUGAUUACACUUAUGAGUUAAGAUCCUGUAUAUCAGUCUUGUUCAUAUUUGAGAGAAGGCCAUCCAGAGACCAACAGUUUACAUCAAGCUGUCGCAACUGGCUCAAUACACUAAUAGCAGCGUUGUUGAGGGUUGCUUCCUUACCAGAUCACCAGUUUGUUCUUAAUCACAUAUUGAGGUGUCCCCCUGGUGUGGGCCAAUGGGCCAUUGGUUAUAUCCAACCUUUAUCACCUCUGCAAUAUAAAGGAGUCGUGAGACAAAAUAACAAUAAUCAUGACAGAAAUGGUGUUUCUAUGGAAUGGAAGCUAUCGUCCCAGGAUUACACGUGGGACGGUCCCAUCAUUGAUCACUGGAUCACAAUGCUCUCCACAUUAUUCCAACCUAUAAUGUAUGUUAAUAAUAAAAUGGAAUCACUCCUUUUAAUCACAUGUCAGUAUGCAAUCUCGCACAUAAGCAGCUACCAAAUGUUACAGUUCAUCUCAUUCUGCACUUGUCUCAUUCGCUUGUUUGGUCGCAUAUUCUCAAUAUUGAGACACUCUUCGUACAAAGAGUUCAUCAAGCAAGUUGGAAGAACCAUACGACAGACAGUGCAAUAUGUGGCCGAUCACUGGUCCUCUUAUAAAGCAUUGAAACUGUCGGCUGGGGACACUAUGAGUUGCAUGCCCAGUGGGGAAGACCCUGUACUUAGGUACUCGUUGGAGAGACUCCAGAUAGAGUUUGAUCAGUUUGUAUUGAGAGCUACACAAUGGAUACUAACAGCUCAUAAAUUGGGUGCAUGGCAGUUCAUGGCAGACAUGCCCUAUGGUUCAAUAUCAGGACUCACACUAUGGAAGAUACUGUGGACACUCUACCACUAUCAGGUGGCAUCACAUAGGGACACUGGUAAUGAUGGGAGGGAGAGGAGGGGCAGUGUACUAAUGGAUAGAACUGACCUUGAUCUAAUACCAGAGAAUGUACCUGACAUUAUACAAUCUAUUAGAGGGUCUUUAUGUCAUGCGAAGUUUGUUGAUAUCCUAAUGAAGACCUUUACUUCUGAGGUUAUAUUUUUACUAACAACAUUUGUCAACAUGGCCAGAUCCAGAGAUGGAGAGAAGGAAGAGGAAAAAGAAUUUAUUAAUUUUGUAGCACAAGAAAUAUUCCAAUUGACACAGGUUGAGGAGUAUGCUCGUGAUGCUUACAGCAGAUCAGGUCACACGUUACUGGACUCUGUAGCUCGUGUCCAUCCCUUCAUAAUGUCAGUCCUACUAGAAGAGACUAGGAAACACGUGGAUGAGGCUGGAGAGAAUUGUAUCUUAUUAUUCAAAGAGCUCCCCCUUCAGCUCUGGCUCCCUUCAGUACAUGAUAUCACACUAGUGAGGGAGUGGCUAGUAUCCAGUACACUCACCUCACCCCAACACCUCAUCGCUAAGGUCAUUAUUAGUGGACUCAACUGGGGAGUCAAAGAAGAAGAGCCAGCUGGCUCUACUUCCCUAGUCCUUCCCCCCAGUAUUCAUCGUGGUGUGGCUCUCUCUAUCAUUGAUCUUUGGUACCAUCAGUUCACUGAUGACUCAACCAGUCCUGGAGCUAAUGCUAAUAAAACGUUAUAUUCUUCUACUAUAAAUAGAAUUAGUAAACUUAUUCAGAUCCAGUUUGGAUUUUUUGUGAAUUUUUAA